AGUAUUACAAGCACAAUUUCUUGUUAAAACAUUUGAAGUUUUUUGCAGUUAUACCUCAAAAUUUACAAUAGUUUUGUUUAAAAUAAGGCAAAUUAACAUAUUACAGUUAAAAAAUGAUUGUUUCUCCGGAGAGUACACCACAAAGUGACGAAGAAAGCACUAGCCGUAGAGGAACGAAAAGAAAAUUUAAUGAUACCAGAACUGAUUGUGUAACUCGCAGUAUUAAUCUAAUUCGUUUCUGCAAUGAAACUGGUGAAAACGUACAUCUAAAAAUAUUAGAGAAAACCAGCGCACGCUCUGUUACGAGUGAACUUAGUUGCAGUUUUAGAAAUAGUGUUAAAUGUACUUUUGGAAUUUCUCACAGAGGAAGAAGCGCCUUUUAUACUUACUAUUAUGACGAUGCAAUGAAAUAUAGAAGUACAUGUCCAGUUUCGAAACGUGCUGAAAGAGGUAAUGCUUUAUGGAUUCCAGAUAUACAUGAAAAUCUUCCUGAGUAUCUUUUGGCUGCUAGUGAUAAUUUAUGUAUAUAUGAAAAUAUCGAUUCCAGUUUAAUUCUCAGAGGAUAUUUUGGAAACGUAGGUGAAGUUAUUUUUUAA